GGGAGGGAGGGAGGAAGGAAGAAAAGGAGGGUUGGUUUGGGGGAUGUGGUUCAAAACAGGGUUAUAAAAAGUGAGACUAACCUCGAGAAAUCCAGAGCGAGAGAGAGAGAGAGAGAGAGAGAAAUAGAUAAAAGAGAGAUAUAUAGGAGAGAAAGAAAGAAAGAGAUAAAACGAGCCUGAUGUCUUCACUGUCGGGAACUGACUGACAAGAAGAAGGAACAAAACAGAACAAGCCAGAGGUAUGAACUGUCAAAGGAGAAAGACUUUACACAAAGGUUCAGUGUUGGUGGAUCCAUCAUGAAAUCUCCUGCCUGUGGGCGCUUUUUCCUGGUCUUCCCCUGGAUCCUGAUCGUGAUCAUCGUGGUGGACGUGGACGUGAGGAGAAGGUCCAAGUCUGACCAGAGAAGAUCCGUCUCCCCCUCCCUGCUCCCUGGGGGCAAAGAGGUCUCCCCCAACCCCUCCUUGCCCACAGUCUAUGCCAUCACCCCCACCUACUCCAGGGCUGUGCAGAAGGCAGAGCUGACCCGCCUGGCCAACACCUUCAGGCACCUGGAGAACUUCCACUGGAUUGUGGUGGAGGAUUCCCCCUCCAGGACCCCCCUGGUGUCCCAGCUCCUGAGCCGCUCCGGGCUGCGCUCUUACACCCACCUCCAUGUGCUGACCCCCCGCAGGUACAGGAGGUCAGGGCUGCCCCGGGCCACCGAGCAGAGGAACCAGGCUCUGGGUUGGAUCCGCCAGAACAGGUCUCCGCGACAUCCCGGAGUCGUGUUCUUUGCCGACGAUGAUAACACUUACAGCCUGGAGCUGUUUGAGGAGAUGCGUUUGACCCGAAAGGUGUCUGUGUGGCCGGUGGGGCUGGUUGGAGGCCGUCGCUAUGAGCGUCCCCUGGUGGAGGAUGGACAUGUGGUAGGCUGGUACACAGGCUGGAGACCAGACAGACCCUUUGCCAUUGACAUGGCAGGGUUUGCUGUGAACCUGCAGGUUAUUCUAUCGAAUCCCAAAGCUGUCUUCAAGCGGGGAGGAUCCCAGCCAGGAAUGCAGGAGUCGGAUUUUCUCAAACAGAUCACAACUGUCCAGGAACUCGAGCCUAAAGCUGCCAACUGCACCAAGGUGCUUGUGUGGCACACACGGACUGAAAAAGCGAACCUAGCUUUCGAACCAAAACACUCCCAGGAUGUCAUUGACAUCGAAGUGUAGAGGGAACAGCAAUCACCUUCUCGAAAAAUCCCUGAAAUAUGUGACCAGGGAGGGGGCUGGAUGGCUUACCCAGCCUCACCUGUCCUGGAGCCCGUUACUGAGCGGCAAUGAUACAACAGGAAGAAAUGCUAACUCCCCCCCCAGGACAGAUCUUAAGCGACAGGAUUCAGCACGUCCAACCGCAAACACACUGCAAAAACUAUUCCCGUCUGCAUUGUGUUUUUUUUAAAAAAAAACACUACAAUUCUUUCAAAUAAACUACUGCGUACAAUAAAACCAAA